GGCGGGGCCGUCCGCGGCGGAAGCUCAGCCAGAUCGGGCCUUGCGGGCGCUGCGCUGCCGCCGCCAUGAUCAUCCCGGUCCGCUGCUUUACCUGCGGCAAGAUCGUCGGCAACAAGUGGGAAGCCUACCUGGGACUGCUGCAAGCCGAGUACACCGAGGGGGAUGCCCUGGAUGCGCUUGGCCUGAAGCGGUACUGUUGCCGCCGCAUGCUGCUAGCACACGUGGACCUGAUCGAGAAGCUGCUCAACUACGCGCCUCUGGAGAAGUGACGUGGGGCGCCCCCGCCCGCCGUGCUCACCCGGGCGGUCGGCGCCUUGCCCCACUGCAUCCUGCCCACCGCCUGAGGGUGUGUCUCUGCUCUGGAAGGACCUGUCCAGUAAAGGUCUUUGUAGAACCAUGAGCACAUCCUAACAGUUGGCCUGGCUUUGGGUGA